CGUAACACUGGCUAGGCUACAUACACCCGGAAACGGGAAGGAAUUCAAGUCAAUCAAGCCUUUGCUUUUGGAAAGAAAUAUGACGGGUUUUCUCUACUAGUUAUGAAAAGCUCUGUUAAUAUAAGUAGACAGCUAAGCUACACUGUUAUCAGUCAGUUUUGAGUAAGACGUCACAGUGUUUAGGCAGCUGUUGAUAGUGUGCUUCUGCCAGCUGGACGCCUGUCUUCUGUGUAUCGUCGUUUUCUUAGCUUACCGAUGGAGUCAAAUAUGGACGAUGAGGUGGUGUCAGGCGAUGGUGGCCCGGGCAGGAGGCGGAGGGUGCACGGCUUACUGAAAAUGUACUACGGGCUGAACGAGGAAGGAAAGGACUCCCAGGAGCCGGAGUCUCUGGAUCCCUGCGACAUUAACGGGCCUCAUUUUGAUCCCGAGCACUAUCUCAACAAGCUAAGAAGAGAGUGCUCUCUGGCAGAGCUGAUGGACCAGGAGACCCUCAUGGUGAAGCAGAUUCGCUCUUUGGACAGUGAUAUGCAGACGCUGGUGUAUGAAAACUACAACAAGUUCAUCUCAGCCACAGACACCAUAAGGAAGAUGAAGAAUGACUUCAAAAAGAUGGAGGAUGAAAUGGACUGCCUGUCCGCUAACAUGGCAGCAAUCACAGAGUUUAGUGCUUCUAUUAGUGGUACUCUUCAAGAUCAGCACGCACAGAUCACAAAACUCUCAGGUGUUCACACUCUGUUGAGAAAGCUGCAGUUUUUGUUUGAACUGCCUGCGAGGUUGAAUAAGUGUCUGGAGCUGCAGGCCUACGCUCAGGCAGUGAGUUCCCACCGCCGUGCCCGCUGUGUGCUGCAGCAGUACAGCCACCUGCCCUCUUUCAAAGGAAUACAGGACGACUGUCAUGCCAUCAUGGACAAGCUGGCACAGGAGCUUCGACAGAAGUUCAGGGAUGGUGGAACGAGUGCUAAAGAUUUAUCACAGUGUGUGGAGCUGCUGUUACAGCUGGAUGAGCCAGCGGAGGAGCUCUGUGAUAAAUUCCUGAGCCAUGCACGAUCUCGACUCGAGUCGGACCUUCAGGGCCUGGAAGCAGAGAUAAGACCGUACCCUGUCUCAGCAGUGAAAGAUGCUCCUGCACACAGGUUGUCAACGACUGCAGGUGCUACAUCUCCGACUCAUAACUCACCUAGAACAAGUGCUCUACCCUCUCCCUCCUCAAACACUGACAUCUUGGAAUUCAUCGACAGAGGCUGCAAUGAAUUUGUCAGCAGCUUAUGUUUAGUAAUUACAUCCUAUCAGGAGCUUUUUAUUAACCAUGCUCAGACAGGAGAGCUGGCAUCCAAAAAUAUCCCACAGAUGGCAAAUGGCAAACUGCACGCCUUUGUGGACGACCUGGCAGCUCGGUAUUUCUCACUCGUGGAGCGGAGGAUACAAGAGGAGAAAGGGGUCGGAGAUAACUCCCUCUUGGUCCGCGCACUCGACCGCUUCCACCGCCGACUUCAGGCUGUCGCCAAACUGCUGCCAGGCUCUGCCGUGCCACACAAAGGGACGGAGAUUGUGGUACGUGCGGCAACGGAGCGAGUGAAGCAGUACCUCUCUGCCCUGCAGAGCUUCUACAUGGACAGUUUGACAGACGUGAGGCAGGCUCUGGCGACACCGCGCCUCUCUGUGGCUGGUGCUUCAGGGACUGGAGGCGGAUUACUUCAUGGGGGGCUGGCCUCUGGUAGAGAUGCGCCAAACAGCCUGCCAGAGCUGCUCUCGUCCCUGUCGGCCUUGAUUCUCAACCAGAUCAAGUCCGUGCUGGCAUCGGUACAUCUCUUCACGGCAAAGGACAUUACUUUCUCCAACAAACCUUACUUCAAGGGAGAAUUCUGUAGUCAGGGUGUACGUGAGAGCCUGGUGGUGAACUUCAUCAAGUUUGUGUGUCAGUCUUCUCGCCAGUUCUGUGAGAGCGCGGGAGACAAAGGCGGCUCGACUCCUCCAGCCCUCCUGUUACUGCUGUCUCGCCUCUGCUUGGACUAUGAAACCUCGACUAUCUCCUACAUACUCACUCUCACAGAUGAACAGUUCCUUGUGCAGCACCACAGUCCUGUAACACCGGUCACAACUCUAUGUGCUGAAGCCAGGGAGGCGGCACAGAAACUUCUGAAUCAUUAUGUCAAGGUUCAGGGUCUGAUUAUCUCCCAGAUGCUGAGAAAGAGUGUGGAAACACGAGACUGGGUUAACACCAUCGAGCCUCGAAAUGUCCGCGCUGUGAUGAAGAGGGUCGUCGAGGACACCACCUCGAUUGAUGUGCAGGUCGGGCUUUUGUAUGAAGAAGGUGUGAGGAAAGCACACAGCAGUGACUCCAGCAAAAGGACAUUCUCUGUCUAUAGCAGCUCUAGGCAGCAAGCACGCUAUGCUGCCAGCUACACCCCAAGUGCUCCCAUGGAUACAAAUCUACUUAGCAAUAUUCACAAGCUGUUUUCUGAGAGGAUCGACAUUUUCAGUUCAGUGGAGUUCAACAAGGUGUCUGUGAUGACAGGAAUCAUAAAAAUCAGUUUAAAGACAUUCCUGGAGUGUGUCCGCCUGCGCACCUUUGGUCGCUAUGGUCUUCAGCAGAUCCAGGUGGACUGCCACUACCUGCAGAUGUACCUGUGGCGCUUUGUCUCUGAUGAGAACCUGGUACACUUCCUGCUGGACGAGAUUGUAGGCAGCUCCGCUCACCGCUGUCUGGAUCCUGCUCCCAUGGAGCAGAGUGUAAUCGAAGUAAUCUGUGAACGCGGUUAAAAGUCAAGAAAAAACAUUUCAAACGGUUAAAGCUUAACUCUGAAAUUCAUGCCAUCACACUAACAUGUUAUUUAUUGAAAUUCCCUUAACAUCUAAAUAGCCACAAAUAAAUAAAGAUGUCUUGGAUGAGCUUUCUUGUCGAAUGUCAAAGGCAAAACACACAGAACAUACAUUGUGAGGACCACUUUGUUGAUACAGACUACAUCAUGUCUUAAUCUGUGUGAAAACACUAAUCAGCAUCAUGAACUGGACAGGUAGGCAGGUUGGUUUGUGUCAGGUAGUUAAUUCAGUCUGUUCUGUCCAAACCAAAUGAUUGUGCAUGUGUAUUAGAGUAUUGUGAGGGUUACAUACACUAGAUUUUAGACAACUUUAUUAAUGGCUAUCAGGGCAUUUCAACAAAAUGACUAUAGUGAGUUAUGUUGAUCAGAUUAACUGAAAUUGGAAUCGGUUAACCAAGUGUAAAUCAUAUGGUAAAUGUGUAGCUGUGCACUCAUGCUCUUAAACUGUACAAUAAUCAUGUCACAAAUCCAGAAAACCUCAGUUAUUACAGGCUUCAAUAAAAUGUGAUGGAACUGUGUGUAUCUUUAUGAUACUCUCUUAUUUAUGAGGUGUGUAGGUUGUCAUUUGCAAAUCAUACAAUAUUAUAGGUUAUGUACUAUAAGCUACUGAAAGAAAUACUGUCCAUGUUUAAUAUAAAAACAAUAUGAAUUGUUGAAGAGAAAAGUCUGUAAUCUCAUGUAUGAAUUAAUCAUCUGUAGCAUCUUUUGUUGAGUAACCUGCAGUGUGAAUGUAAUCUGAUUAUACUGUUUGUCUGAGAACUAAAAUACAUCCAGCAGCUUUAUCCAGAUUCUACUUUUGGUGUGUGUCUUAUGCAAAUCAACAUGUUUAGGAUUUGUUUAAAAUAAUAAAACAAAAAAAGGUCUAUGUAUGUGA